AUAAAAAAGUCUUUUACGAUUCACGAAUUUUGUUUUGAUGAAAUUUUAAAAUCUCUUGACGCGAAGUAAUUUGUAGAACUCAUAAAAUAAAACAAAAGUUAACUUGGUUAACGUAAGUCAAAGCAAACGUAGUUAGUUCGUUAUAUAUUUGUUACCAUUAAAAGUGGAGAAAGUCUUCUGUGUAGUUUUUAGUGUAUUGUAAUAACUUGAUUAAAUUAUGGGUGAUAUCAUAGAAAUCACAACUUGGCCAAAACACAGGCAUAUCUUUUAUAAAGUAAACAGUAGCUCAAUAAAUUUUGAAGUAAAAGCAGAUAAUGCUGCAGUGGGACUUGCUAAAGAAGCUGGAAUGAAAUGUGACUAUUGGGUUGUCCUUGGAGACAGAUCAUUCAUUCAUGCACCGAAUAGCGGUAUUCAAUUUGCACAUACGCCUAACAUAAUCAGCAAUAGUGAAUAUCGUAAAUUUUGGAUAUCAUGGUCUAAAAACGGUGUAUGUUUGGGCCAAAAUGGGGAAUUAGAACCCAUUAUGAAACUGGAGUGCAAAGAACAAAAUUUUAAUUAUUUCACAUUUUCUAUGCACAGAAGUAUAGCACCUGCACACUGGAGGUUUGAAUUACCACCGCCCCAAAUAAAACGUCCCCUAAAGACAGUAGAAGGUGGGAAACUUCAAUGGAUUAAAUAUGAAGACAGUAUGCCUAAGAAUGCAGUUUGUGGGGGACAUGAACACGAAAUGUUGUUUGUAGCGAGGGGCGGUGUGCGAGGAUCACUAACACCUGGAAAGUAUGUGUCAUCCAAAGCAGCAGUCUUCGUUCCAUGGGGAGGUACUACUUACAAAUUGACAAAUGUUGAGAUAUUGUGUGGCUAUGACUGUGUUUGGAAGCCAUCAUGGGCUGAUAACAUUCCCGUCGGCGCUGUUGAGGCUGGUUACUCUGAGGUCGACAGGGAACCUCUGUAUGUGGGCCGAGUAAAGCAUAAUGGGUUCAUUAUACCUGGAAAAGUUCAACCUUCGCACAAAGUUUGCUAUAUUCCCUAUAAAAAUGAAGAAAAGGCCUUCAAAUACUAUGAGAUCCUUAUAGAGCCAAAUCAAUACCCAGGAUUUGCAUAUGAUUCAUUAAUCCCGAGCAUCAAAAUUGACAUUGAACCAAAUAUAGAUGAUGAUCGAAAUUCCAAUAACUACGACGAAGAAAACGACGAAGGCCAUUACUAUUCAGAGGAUGACGAAGACUAUAACGCAUAGCUAUAGAUCGUAAUCAUCUUAUGUUCGAAACUCGAAAGUGGAUUUGUCAUAUAUAAAAAAAAGUUUUUAUAUUAAAUUGUAACAUUUAGAAUUGUUAGUAAUCUAAGUGAAACAUUAAGUGACCUUAACAUUAAUAACAUGUCUGAUUCGAGAAAGAAUUUUCAGUACUAACAAA